AUGAAUUGUUUCUCCUCUUGGAUUCAAUCUCAGGGGCUUGUCGAUUUACCGCUUCUGGGAGCCAAGUACACUUGGUCGAAUGGUCGUAGAUCCCCCAUCCAAUAUAGGCUGGACAGGUUCCUCGUCUCCCCGGAUUGGCUGGAGGCCUUUCCCUCUAUCCUUCAAACGACGCUGCCUCGAACUACAUCGGACCAUUGCCCUCUGCUGCUCAUUAUGGUGAAGGAUAAUUGGGGCCCAAAACUCUUCCGCAUCAAUUCUUCAUGGUUCUGUAAAGAAGGUUUCAAGGAGAAGAUAUCAGCCUGGUGGUCCUCUUUUCAGGUCGAAGGUUUCGCGGGACACAAGCUGAUAUGUAAAUUAAGAUUACUCAAGUUGAAGAUCAAGGAAUGGUUCUACGAGGAAUCUCGUAUGAAAGAAGCCGAAACGGAAGCCCUCCAUUCAGAGCUACAGCAAAUUGAUAAUAGUCUGAACGACACUCACAUCCCCAAUGAAGUUUUGAGUAGGCGUAUCCAAAUUAUUCAAGCUCUGUCGAUCGCUGCUCUUCAAGAAGAGGCUUCCUGGAAAAUCAAAUCCAAGGCUAGAUGGAUUGCUGAGGGAGACAAAAAUACAAAAUACUUCCAUAGCAUAGCCAGUAUGCGUGCUCGAUCUAAAGCUAUUGUCAGUAUUUGCGACAAUGGUGUUUGGAUCGAUGAUAAACAGGCCAUCGCCGACCUCGCAAUCAACCACUUCGAACGUCUGCUUAGUGCUAAAUCUUGGGACAGACCGUGCCUGGACAACAUCCAAUUCAGCAGCCUAUAG